AUGGCGAUGGUAGACCCGGGCUACCGAUCACAUAUUCGUUUUUCGAGCCAGCGACGAAAACUUGGUAAGCAAUAUGUGGUCACAGACCCUUCGUCCAAAGAUGCCGUCCUCAUCGACACCGUCCUCGACUAUGAUCCAGCUUCUGGAACGCUAUCGACGUCCACCGCAGACGGUAUAUUGGCUUUCGUACGAAAUCAUGGAUUCAACGUCACGAAAAUUCUCGAGACGCAUGCGCAUGCCGACCAUCUCACAGCUUCGCAGUACCUCAAGCACCAUCUCCCCGGCAACGUCCCCAUCUGCAUCGGCGAGCGCAUAGCGCAGGUGCAAAAACACUUUGCGCCCGUGUACGGCCUCGCGCCCCAGAACCUCGCCACUUCUUUCGACAUGUUCCUUAAGGACGAUCAAGUCUUCAUGCUCGGGAACCUGCCGGUACAGGUGAUUCAUCUACCCGGACACACGCCGGACCACAUAGGCUACCUCGUCGGGAAGUCUGUAUUCACUGGCGACUCGAUCUUCAUGCCCGACCUUGGCUCCGCGCGUGCAGACUUCCCAGGCGGAGAUCCUCGCGCCUUGUACCGCUCCCUCCAAAAGCUCCGCUCCCUCCCCUCCGACUACGAGAUCUUCGUUGGCCACGACUACCCCAACGGCCGCGAAAAGAACUGCGUCACCACCGUCGCUGAGCAGCGGCUACAUAACAAGCACGUCAAACUCGGUACUACGGAACGCGACUUCGUCGACUUCCACACGGCGCGUGACAAGGUCCUCAAGGCGCCGCGUCUCAUCCAUCCGUCGCUUCAGGUGAAUGUCCGCGCGGGCAGGUUACCGCCGCCGGACCCCGCGGCGGGGCUGUCGUACUUCCGUACUCCGCUUUGCGGCGCAUUGGACAUAUAG